AUGUACCCCAUCACACUAGAGCAGGCAGCACCUCUGAUGUACCCCAUCACACUAGAGCAGGCAGCACCUCUGAUGUACCCCAUCACACUAGAGCAGGCAGCACCUCUGAUGUACCCCAUGACACUAGAGCUGGCAGCACCUCUGAUGUACCCCAUCACCCUAGAGCAGGUAGCACCUCUGAUGUACCCCAUCACACUAGAGCAGGCAGCACCUCUGAUGUACCCCUUGACACUAGAGCAGGCAGCACCUCUGAUGUACCCCAUCACACUAGAGCAGACAGCACCUCUGAUGUACCCCAUCACACUAGAGCAGGCAGCACCUCUGAUGUACCCCAUCACACUAGAGCAGGCAGCACUUCUGAUGUACCCCAUGACACUAGAGCUGGCAGCACCUCUGAUGUACCCCAUCACCCUAGAGCAGGUAGCACCUCUGAUGUACCCCAUCACACUAGAGCAGGCAGCACCUCUGAUGUACCCCUUGACACUAGAGCAGGCAGCACCUCUGAUGUACCCCAUCACACUAGAGCAGACAGCACCUCUGAUGUACCCCAUCACACUAGAGCAGGCAGCACCUCUGAUGUACCCCAUCACACUAGAGCAGGCAGCACCUCUGAUGUACCCCAUCACACUAGAGCAGGCAGCACCUCUGAUGUACCCCAUCACACUAGAGCAGGCAGCACCUCUGAUGUACCCCUUGACACUAGAGCAGGCAGCACCUCUGAUGUACCCCAUCACACUAGAGCAGACAGCACCUCUGAUGUACCCCUUGACACUAGAGCAGGCAGCACCUCUGAUGUACCCCAUCACACUAGAGCAGACAGCACCUCUGAUGUACCCCAUCACACUAGAGCAGGCAGCACCUCUGAUGUACCCCAUCACACUAGAGCAGGCAGCACCUCUGAUGUACCCCUUGACACUAGAGCAGGCAGCACCUCUGAUGUACCCCAUCACACUAGAGCAGACAGCACCUCUGAUGUACCCCAUCACACUAGAGCAGGCAGCACCUCUGAUGUACCCCAUCACACUAGAGCAGACAGCACCUCUGAUGUAUUACAGCUCGUGA